AUUAGGGAUUAAUACAACAAAUCAAAAUGAAGGCAGCUCUUAAUAAUUCGUCAAUCACAAUCCUCCCUUCUGAAAAGUUAAUUAAACGAAUCCGUUCUUUGCAUCAGUAUGACGAUGCUCCACCAAACAUUUGUGCCAUGCGUGCAACUAAGCCAAAAUCUACAAGUGAUCCUCUAUCCAUUCCAGAUACCGUGCUUACAGAAACUGAUCGAACUUUUAUCGAAAGUCUCAAGUUAGAGCCAGUUGUCAUCGACACCUACGAUGAAGAAUGCAACAAUAUGAAAUCCACAUUACUGCUCUCCGAUCUCAUAUGGUUAUCUAAUAAGUUACACAUGGAAAAUUGCUACUUGCACGAUUUGUUGUUAGGUUCCGAAGUAAUUCUGCCGAAAAAUGACGAAAUUCCUCGCAAUGAGGAAUUGGACGCUAGAUGCUCACGAUUGAAAAUUCAACAAGAGAAUCGGGAGUACAAAGCAAUAACCAAAAAUGUGGAUAACGUUACAAAACCUCUCCCAGAAGAUACAAUUGCUUAUCAAAUAAAGCAAAUUAACAAGCAGCUUAUUGCCGUUUUCCAAUUUAUUGUGUCGGUACUAACAGGAUUCCUGUUUGGAUUUCAUGGGAUCGAGUUACUGGUGGGAACCUUAGAUUUUGGCUUCCGUCUACUGCUUGGUGUUAUUUGCAGCCUUACCAUUGCGUUAGCGGAAUUGUACUUUUUGGCCAAGACGCUGAAUGAAGAUUAUCGUCAAGAAGUACAAGUAGAAAAUCGAAGUGGACAUUCCAAACUUCAUUAAUAUGUUUUUAUAGUAGUUUUAUUAAGUGUUC